AUGACCUUGCACAAGUUGCGUGCCAGCUGGAGGCUUGUCACUCAGAAUGACCGACUUGGCCGAUCAUCACAAGCUGUAUCUGUCAUCGAUAACACAGCAUUCGUCUUUGGUGGAGAGCUAAUAGCUCGUCAGCCGGUAGACAGCAGGAUUGACGUUAUCGACCUGAGACAUAAUGGUGCUUCUCAAACCCUAUCAACACCUUCUAGAGCCCCGCAACCUCGCGUCGGUAGUCCUAGCACAGCCAUCGGUGUCGAAAUCUAUCUUUUUUCAGGUCGAGGCGGUCUUGAUAUGAAACCCAUUGAGGAAAAUGGUGCUGUUUGGUGCUACAACACAGCCGAGAACGAGUGGGUUGCCAUUACCCCAAAGGAUACCCAUGCAGCAUUUCCAUCCGGAAGAAGCUAUCAUUGUAUCACAUCCAAUGGUGUGGAUAAAAUCUAUCUUCACUCUGGAUGCCCCGAGCAGGGUCGGCUGAGUGAUCUUUGGGUAUUUGAUAUUGGUAAAAGAUCUUGGACCCAGUUACCUGCUGCGCCUGGUCCUGCUCGUGGUGGAUCCUCAAUUACGUUUCUCAAUGGAAUGCUGUAUCGUAUGAAUGGCUUUGACGGAAAGAUUGAACAGGGUGGCGCAUUGGACAUGUACAACAUUGGGGCCACAUCCUGGUCCACGAUACCCUACAUUCCGGAUGGAAUUCAAGGCCCAGAAGCAAGAAGUGUCUCAACUCUUCUAUCCUUAUUCAUACAAGACAAGUCUUAUUUACUUACCAUGUUUGGCGAAAGAGAUCCUAGCUCACUAGGUCACGCUGGUGCUGGAAAGAUGCUAUCGGAUGUCUGGGCCUUUGCUAUUGAGACAAGUAUGUGGCUGAAAGUCGAGACAGGAGAUGAACCCUCUGCUAGAGGAUGGUUCGAUGCUGAUAUUGUCAAGGGUGGGGAUGCAAAAGAUGGAGUUGUUGUGCAUGGUGGCCUUGGAGAAGACAAUGAGAGGUUGGGUGACAUCUGGUGUUUGCAAUUCGUUACAUAA